GCAUUGUAUGACUAUGUUUAGAGCGGUGGAGACAUCGCAGACUGCGUCACUGCCAGCCGCCCGGUUCUGCCACAGCUAUCGGGUGUCUGCACAAGCACCGCAGCAGCGUCGAAAGCAGCUGUGAAUACAGAUUAUCAUGGGCCGGGGAGAGCGCAGCUGCUGUUCCUGGUGGCGUGGCCUAGCACUGGUGUUGCUUCUCGUGUGCCACGAGGCGGCGUCCGCUCCCAAGCGGCGCUACUUCAACUGGCGCCGCUUCCUGCAAUGCAUCGACAACCGGUCCUGGAUGCUGCUCUCCCUCGACGGAGCCUGCGUGGCGCUCCUCAUGUACGCCACCUACCGCACCAUGCUCAACCUUGAGUGUCCCAACUGCGACCUGUACUUCCAUUGCCGUGCAAACUACAACGCACUACGCUGGUGCCGAAAGACGAAACGGUCGCAGGAGAUGAACGUCCUGAUUGGCGGCUGCCAGAACCUGUCCAAGCCCGGUAGAACGCCGGAGCAGAAGGCAGCCGAAGAACGGGCGCGCCAGGACGGCAGGGAGCAGAAGGACUGCGCCAGGAUCUACCUCGACAACUCGGAGUGCAGUUACAAGCCCAACUCUGGAAAAUGCAUGGCUUUCGAGAAUGGCUCAAUGGUCAAGCACUAGCCCGAGCUGCACGCGAGAAUGGCGCGGACGCGACUGUGUGCUGACAACAGCUUCGACAUUAAAAUCGCGCAAGCGAAAACAACCCGGCAGCGGAAUAGACAGGACAAGCGCGGCCAGGCUGGACGGUGCAUCAACGCCCGUGCACAGGAACACAAAUUAGGCAGCUGUAGUUGGGCGUCGGCAACAGCUCUGCGUACGCAAGGAAUACUCGGAGGCGUCAAUGCGCAUGUGCUGUACGCAGGAGCAUGCCCGGCGUUUUACGCGCCCGGAACUUCCUGUGUAGCGACCGCUGCGGGCUGUGCGCGACGUUCUCGCGUGCCCACGAGAGGGCAUUUUUCAAGAUUGCUCCGAACUAAGGUAGGCGCUUGAAUUGGCUACAGCAGUUUCUGAAGCUGGCCGUAGGGUGUCUCGAUGUCCUUCUCGCCUGCCGCUCGGAGCGGCGGGCUCUCACGCGCUGCGUACGUGGGUGCUUGCGGACGCGCAACUAAAACUCUCUAUUGUCGAUAAUCAACAAAGACGAGCCACAUUUAAUGGCCCGAUUUUUAGGACCGACGCGUAUGAGCCGUCCGUAUACCAGGAUCUUGGGCAACAUUUAUGGGGCACUAGCAUGCGAAUUGCUGGAAGGCUUUUAUAUCCAUAAGAUUAAUGCUCAUGUUUAAGCGAGCCAAACUUUGAUUGCCUUUCGAGGCGGGGAAUGCCAGUUUUUCGAACAGCUGAAUUAAACAACUGUGUUUACAGAAGCGCUCUGACACCUAAAUUUAAUUUUCUUAUCAUCUGACUCUGCGUAUUUCGACCCCUUUUUAAUUUCCGAUGUUUGUCGAAUAAACAUUGUUGGGAGUUCACGCUUGUCCUUUACACUUCGCUGUCGUGUUAUCUUUGCUUGCGCUUAACGUAGUGUUAAAUGUAAUCAACCAACCAACAGUUCAUUUAGGACGACAUUUUCGUUGCUGAAGCAGUCUAGAACACUAUAUCUCUUGGCUGCUGGACAUAUAGCCGCCAUAUAUGUGUAAAACUAUCCCGUCAUUCUCCUCAGCAUAAUGUGUAUAUUUCUAUGUGGUUGUUUUUUCGAAAAACCAAGAAAGGCUCGAUUUUGUUUACUGACUUGAUUUGAUUUUAGUGAGGCUAGCGCUCACAGUAGAGGGUGGAGAGCAGGACAACGUUCAAACACGAAAUUCACCCCGUCACAUCCGAGCUCAAAUCUCUGACGUCCAACGAAGCGGCCAGCACCUCAGUCUCGCAAUAGUAUGCACGGAAAUGCCCGCUCGUUUGUUUUACUUGCUCACAACAUGGCUGUUGAAAACUGUGGAAAGGAGGUCUUCUUUAUGAAAGAUAACAGAAUCGCUACAACUCCUGUAUACUAAAACCUGUAACGAUACAUUACCCUACCAUUUUAAAAAAAGCAAACGAUGUGUGAUGUGUCUAUUCGAACGAAAUGACAAUAAAAUGAUGAUUACAUAUAA